CUGUACUCCGGAGACAUCAAGCCUUGAACACAGCAAUGGGAGGCCAUAAAGUUGGGAGAUCACCCUUCUUGAAUACUGUUUGUGAAGCAAAUGGUAUCUUUGCCAUCCAUCUUUUAAAGAUGUUAUGUAAUAACAGUCCUUCAAAAAAUAUAUGUUAUUCUCCCAUCAACAUCUCCUCUGCUCUAGCUAUGAUCCUCUUGGGAGUGAAAGGAAACACCAAAGUCCAGAUAUCUGAGGCAAUUGGUUUAAUCACAGAGAUAGAUAUUCAUCAGUGCUUCCUGUGGAUCCUCAAUACCCUGAACAAGCCAACCAGAAAGUACAUCUUCAGAAUGGCCAAUAGGCUCUUUGCAGAGAACACUUGUGAAUUCCUCCCAACCUUUAAGGAGUCCUGUCUUCAGUUCUAUCACAUGGAGAUGGAGCAGCUCUCCUUCACCAAGGCUCCAGAGGAGUCCAGGAAAAACAUAAACACAUGGGUCUGCAAAAAGACUAAAGGAAAAAUUCCAGAGUUGUUGUCAGGUGCCUCAGUUGAUUCAGACACCAGGCUUGUUCUUGUCAACGCCUUAUAUUUCAAAGGAAGGUGGCAUCACAAGUUUGAAAUAAAGUCCACCAAGGAAAUGCCCUUUAAAAUAAACAAGGAUGAGAAAAGGCCAGUGAAGAUGAUGUGCCAGGAAGACAUGUUUAAGCUCGCCUAUGUGAAUGAGAUGCAGGUGCAAGUGUUGGUGCUGCCCUAUAAGGGCAAGGAACUGAACUUGGUGGUCCUUCUCCCAGAUGAUGGUGUGGAACUCAGCAAGGUGGAAAACAAUCUCACUUUUGAGAAGUUAGCAGCUUGGACCAAACCAGACUAUUUGAAGACCACUAAAGUUUUGGUUUUCCUUCCAAAAUUUAAACUAGAGGAGGAUUAUGACAUGGAGUCAAUUCUUCCGAACUUGGGAGUGGUGAAUGUCUUCCAAGAGGGCAAGGCUGAUUUAUCAGAAAUGUCUCCAGAGAGAGGCCUGUGUGUGUCCAAGUUCAUUCAAAAGACUGUUGUGGAAGUUAAUGAAGAAGGCACAGAAGCUACAGCAGCCUCAGCAGAUGAUACUGUAUGUUCAGCUGAAACUCAUCAGUCCCAAACUUUCUGUGCUGACCACCCUUUCCUUUUCUUUAUCAGGCACAACAAAACCAAUACUAUCCUGUUUUGUGGCAGGUUUUCAUCUCCAUAAACACACAUUUACUAUGUUGAGGAGAGUACCUUCCUCCGCAUCUUAGCACUCCUAUAGCUCUGAGAGGAUGGGCAAGUAGGAGGAAAACAUGUUCCACAAUAAGAGCGUUUUCUUCUUUCCAGCCUAAUCUAUUGACAUCCAUCUUCUGCUGUCCCUACCCUGACAUUCAUCUGUGCCCUUUGCCAAGUCAGAGUUACUUUUUUUCCUGUUGUGUUUAGAAGUCAAAGAUAUCCCACAAGGUAGCCUACAAGGUUCUCUAAGGCAACCUUGAAUAAAUGUACCACUCAUUGCAUAGAUAAACCACGCCAACUAUAGACACUGCUUUCCUGGCAUAUCAACUCUUGCCAUGACUUGCCUUACCUUGAUUACAUCCUACAAAUGCUUCUGUGGACAAUGAUUGCUAACUUUAGUUUUCUUGGUACCUGGUCCUUAAGGUAUAUUUUAAAUUUAUUUUCUUUGCUGUUCCCUACUUAUCAGGUAUGUGGCCAACACUGUGUCAGACUUGCAAACAGGUACAGACAGUGUGAGCUUCUAACAGCUGAUAUUUACUCUCUGCUUUCAACUUAUCCAGUUGUCAUGACAACUAGUUGGGACUACUAUAUGCUCUCUUGGCACAAGUCAUGGUUUUGUAGAGUAUUGGGUUUCUACACCAUGCAAUGUAAUUGUAAAAUUGUAUAAAGUUUUAAAUUCCACUUCAAAUAUAUCUUGUUUUCUCAC